UUGUCUUAAAUCCUGCUCACUUGUGCAAGAGCUAAGAAGUAGGAGGACAGAUGAUUCCCCCAAUGAAACCAACGUCUGUGCAUUGUGGGCCUGGCUAGAUUGGUGCACGAUAAAAUUGGCAUCCUUUUAAGGAAUGCGGGUACAUCUUUCACAAUGAAGAAAUAUUCUUUACUUUAAUAGAAAACAACACUGGGACAAGUUGCCGUCCAUCAAUAAUUCUAGGGUGGCCUGUAAACAUGGCUGAUUUAUUUCUGGACAAAAUUUUGGUGAAAAAUAACCGUGACCAAGAUGAGCUGGACACAGAGCGAGAGAUUUGGGAGCGCCUGGAAAACCGCGUGAUCCUUUUAUUCUUUGCAAAGUCAAGAAGUUCACAAUGCCAAGAAUUUGCACCCCUCCUCAAAGAUUUCUUUGUGCGGCUGACCGACGAGUUCUAUGUGGACCGAUCAUCCCAACUCGCCUUAGUCUAUGUGUCGCUAGACCAAAGCGAAGAGGAGCAGGAGAGAUUUCUCAAGGACAUGCCAAAACGUUGGCUGUUUGUUCCCUUUAAAGACGAAGAAUUCAGGAGGAAUCUUGAAGCUCAGUUUUCAGUGUCUCGCGUCCCUGUCCUUGUUGUCCUUAAGCCUUCUGGUCACGUCAUCUCAUUCAAUGCAGUGGACGAAGUGGUGCGUCUUGGACCCCCAUGUUUCAAAAACUGGCAGGAAGUCUCUGAGAUUAUCGACAGGAGCUUCCUGCUCCCAGAAUUCACUGAUGACCGAGCAGGUCGGAGCAUGACUGACCCCAUCCGUAGGAUUAAGUACAAAGACGAAACCACCAAUGAAAAGAAAAAGAGGAAGCACUGUGAUGAUGAAGACGAAGGAGGGGGUGGGGGAACUGAAUUCUUCUGAUUCAUUUUUAGUUUGAAACUGACAGUUUGAUCAAUAUGAACACAAUGUUUAUCAAACUAAAAAGUAUUAAAAUAUGUACAGAUCCCAAAAAUCACUUUAAUGUUACUAUUUAGGGGUUUGAUGGACCAUAGCUGAGCUGAAUACAAAUCUUUUGCUAAUAAAAUAUUUACAAAA